UGAAAAUAUAAUUUUUUCUUCCUCUUCUUAGGCUGGUUCUCUGAAUCAGAUUUCUCUAAAUGCUUGAUCCUUCAGGAUUAAGAGAGGUUUAUCCUCAAAUUAUCUAUCUAACCUUGUUAUGUACAUCUAGGUACAUAACAGUUGGUAUCAGAUUUGUUCGAUCCAUGGGGGAUAUUUGAUAUCUAGUUAGGGAGAAAUCUCAACUUCCUAACCAUACCGGGUACAUGACAUGUUCAUUCAUGAGUUAACUCUUGACAAUGGGUUUCAAGAAGACUGGGAGUUUACAAAAUCAGAUGGUGUUUGUGUGGAUUGUUGUUCUUUUCUCCUUGAUGACACUCGUUCGUUAUUCGACCGAGGUUCAUGUAUGUAUUAAUGAUACUGAAAUACGAGAUGAUAGUAAAAAAUUUGUUACAAUACUUCCAAAGGUUUACUGUAUGUUUCGAUCACAAAAGUUUUUUCAACCACAUACCGCUCAUUGGGAUAUAUUAUCAACAAUGCUUCAAGUUUGCAACUAAAGUUUUUGAUCGUGGCAAAGAAUCAGAUAGUAUUAAAGAGUCUUCUAACUCAGUUGGUGAAUAUGAAUGUGGUUUUGUUACACCUACUCCUCUGAUUUUUCUUCGUUUGUCGAUUUAACUGAGAAGGUAGAAUAUAUAUUUGGUUUGUGAGCUGUUUCCAAGUCAUGGGUACCCGUCUGAACCUCAGUUUCUGAAUUCGUUGAGCAUUAGAAUUACCUAUGUUGCUAAAUAUGGUGGGGAGUGGAAUUUGGGUGCUGCAUUUAUAGAGAGCAAUAAACUUUUGUUUCAUUUAAUGUCUAGAGUGGUGAGGUUUAACAAAGCACAUAAAGGGGUAAUGGUCAACUACAGUGGCAGGUGUGUUACUGCACUUGUUUUCAAACUGGGGAACCCAAUGAUGUUGCUAAGGAAUAGCUCAAUUGCAUUUAUGUGGGUUCUAGGGGUUGAGAUUAGUGCUAUUUACAAGUUAUGGCGUAAGAGAUUACAGGGUUCAGUUAUAUGGUCUAGGUUGAUACUUCAAGUGAUAUGUAUUCAGGAAUCUUGUGCUGCGAGGGAACCAUUUGAUCGACUAUCUCUUAGUAUUAGAUUCAAUUUCAGUGGUUCUCCAAUCUUGCAGUUGAGAGGUGGUUCAGAAAAAUCUUUGAUGGUCUGUGUUGCUGCAAAUAAAUAUGGUGGUGAGUCACAGAUUCUCUCAAGGAGAUUUACAUGCAAUUUUGUGUUUAUUUCUCUUAGUGCCAGCAAAUCUUGUCAUGAAUCUUUGCCGCAGGGGAUCAAAUUUUGCUUGCUUAAUCUCGUGUUGUGGAGUAUAGCAUGUAGUGAUGUUUUCACUUGGUUUUCCACUGCGCUACCAGAAGAACCUAGAUCUACAGUUUGCAGUCGUAAUGAAUGUUGUUCCGGUUUGGAAGAGUUUCUGGUAGUGAAAAUCGAAGUGAUGCUUGUUCUGGUUAAUGGUGAUGUAUGCUCUUAUGGAUACUUGAGGUGGAAAUCCAGAUUGUUUCUACCUGGAUUAUGGAGUGUGCAAAAGUUCACUUAUCAGUUUUCAGCUUUGACAAAAAAUUGAGUUCUCAUUCUAAGAGCCUUGGGUUUGCUCCGGUUUACAUAGAAGUUGGGUGGAACCGUGGUGAUGAUAAUACUUGUGCACAUGGAAGUGAGAAUUCUGCCAGCAUAGGGCUGUUAUCUUUGUGUUAUGCUCGCCUUAUAUCCUGGUGCUGCAAUCGACUUUUGUCGUGGAAGCAGUGCCCAUAGUCUGGUCUUCAGGACUAUUGAUAACAGUGCAUACCAUGCCAGUGAGUUCUCUGCACAGUGGGUUCCGCAUUUUAGGAAGGGGGUUAUCUGUGCAUUAUCUAUUACAUGAGACUGAUGUCUAUAGUAUUUUUCUGAUGCCAGUGGGUAUUAUAAUGGGAACUCCGACCUUAGUGGCGGUAUGUCAUUUGUUGUUUGAUAGAGGUAAAAAUCUUUCCAACGUGGUGAUAACAUUUGCAAUAAUUAGUGAGUCUAUACUCAAUUAUGUGUUGGGUGGGAUUUCUACUGGGGUUCAAAUAUUACAUGGAUUUACACCAAAGCACUUUUUCACUGAAGUUUAUGCUGUCUUUUUUGUCCUUAUGUUCAUCUAUAAGGUGUACACCCAUCCUGCAGCUCGAGGCCAGAUAGAACAGCUGCGUCAACCCAUACACAAUGGUUAGCCUUGUGGUCCUAUUAGUGCAUACAAAACGGGAGGAGAAUGGUUAUUGUCGGGCAUGCAAAUAAAGUACUUAAAAUUCUUGCCAGGGGGUUUAAUUGCAGUGGACUCAUGUCAUGUACCCGGUAUGGUUAGGAAGUGGUGGUUCACCCGAAUGAUCAUGUGCGCCAUAUCCUUGACCUUCAUCCUUGAAGACAAGGAUGUUUUCAAGGGGAGUGGAAUGUCAUGUACCCGGUAUGGUUAGGAAGUGCCCAUAUCCUAUAUGUGUCUGUCUUUAGUAAUAAUGGUAGUAUUUAGUGUAGGAGUGGGUGUAUUUAUCCAUGUAAGGAAUGGUUAGAUGAGAACCACCUGGGUUAAUGCGGGUCGUUGGAUGCUAGGGUAGAAAGAUGAGUUAUUUAUGCUCUAGUGUCUGUAAUGAAAGGGUUAUCCAAUUUUAUGAAUGAAAAUAUAAUUUGUUCUUCCUCUCUUA